CAGGGGCAUUUUGGGAAAUGUAGUUCCGUUCUCCGCUUGGCUGUUGAUUACUGUACUGCCCCAGCUGGGGACGUUUUAUGCCCAGUCGGUUGUCGCCGUUCCUCACUCCUGUGUGGGGAAGUCUCGCCCCCGCUAUUGCGAAAGAGAGAACUUCACCGGUUUGGGAGGUCGGCUGCCUCCGGGACCGAUUCUCGGCGAGCGGUGAGAGCGGCCUCAGCCAGUCGGUGGUCAUGUCCGGAGCUGGCAGCGUCCCUGAGGAAGUGGACACCGACGACUGCUUGGUGAACUACUCUUAUAUAUUUAGUUCUGAUAUUCUAAAGGACAAAGUUGCAUUCAUCACAGGAGGAGGAUCAGGCAUUGGAUUCCGAAUUGCUGAGAUUUUGAUGAGACAUGGAUGUCAGACGGUUAUUGCCAGCAGGAGCCUGGAACGAGUGCAGGCAUCUGCUGCGAAGCUGCGUGCGGCCACUGGGCAGCGCUGUCUCCCAGCGUCAGUGGAUGUUAGGAAGCCUGAGACCGUCAUUGCUGCUGUGGAGGCGGCACUGCAGGAGUUUGGGAAAGUUGAUAUCCUGGUGAACAGUGCAGCAGGAAACUUCCUGUGCCCUGCCAGUGGCCUAUCAUUCAAUGCUUUCAGGACUGUCCUGGAGAUUGACACAAUCGGAACCUUCAACACCAGCAAAGUCCUGUAUCAGAAGUGGUUGAAGGACCAUGGUGGAGUUAUUGUGAAUAUCACGGCAACACUGAGCUACCGGGGCCAGAUCCUCCAAGCCCACGCUGGCUCUGCCAAGGCUGCUAUAGACGCAAUGACAAGGCACCUGGCAGUAGAAUGGGGACCUGAUAACAUCCGUGUGAACAGUCUGGCUCCAGGCCCCAUAGCUGGAACAGAAGGUUUUCGAAAGUUGGGUGGCUUGGCGCGGUUGGCAGAAGACCAGCGGAAACUGAUCCCACUGCAGAGAGUGGGGACCAAGACAGAAAUAGCCCAUGGAGUGCUGUACCUUGUGAGCUCAGCAGCGUCGUAUGUGACUGGUGCGUCACUUGUGAUUGAUGGUGGACACUGGCUCAGUGGAGCCAAUAACAUGUCGACCAUGCUGUCACUCCUACAAACAUCAGCCAAACUGUAAACCCACCAAGCUGUGAAUUUUCAAAGGUGAAUUACCUAUAGUGUUUCAAUGGAAGGUAAAAUAUGGGAUGUGUCAAAGUCAAAAUAAAAUUUAUUAUC